UACAACAACACUCCCACUAUGAGUGAACAGAAUGGACCUCAAGAAGGAAGCAUUGUUCAGGCGUUUAAGUCGUUAAGAAAGGACGAUUUUGUUCACAUGCUUCAUCAUCCAUGCUUUAAAGAAUCCACCAUAACAAGUGUUCUCUGCGGUAUUGGUGUAGGGUGUAUCCACUUGUUUAUGAAAGCACCUCGUAGUAAAGCUCUAAAUUGGGGAUUUGGUACGUAUUUUGGUAUGAGUUUGGUUUCAUGGGAAGGAUGCAAUUACCGUAAGCAAUUGGAAACCCAAAACUUCAACAUCCAAAUUCAAGAAGCAGCUCAAGGACUCCCUAAGCAUCGGACAUCGCGACCUGCUGAAAAUAAUGACUCCGAAGAUGCUUAAUACCGGAAAUUUGCAAAGUCUUGGGAUACCACGUUGUCGAAUUAAUCAUUCAGCUUGAUUUUUAAUUCUUUCUUUGAAAAAUACAACAAAGAUAAGAAAGCAAAGCAAAACUCCCAUCUUUUUGGUGUCAGGCAUGUCUGAAGGAAAAAUCUCCGUAUAGAGGUUUCUUUCUUUGUAUAGAAGGUGAUGGUAGACAAUCUUCCAAGUUCCUAUCUUUUGUUUACCAUUUUUGCUUACCAUUUUUGAAGUAUCACAUAGGAAAUUUGGAUGUAAACAUUUAUGGAACCUUUUGAUUACACUUCGUACUCUUCAUGAGUGGCACGAGUCUGCAGAUUUCGUGAGAAUGAUUACAGACCAAGAUAGUCUUAUAUUCACUGCAAUAAAACUAUCCUCAACAAACAUCGGUGACCUUUAACCGCCUAGUAAAAGGACGAAUACUUUUUUUUGAUAACGGAAACCUUUUUUCCGUUGGCGUUCAGUAGUUUUAUUUAUGUGAGUUAGGAAUUCCCUUUCGAACUCAGUUCAUGUAAGAUAUCUCGUUAAAUUCGGCUGCUGUCUGCUUUCAAAAAACGUAACUUUACGGAAUUCCCAGUAACUCUCGACUAUAUAUCAUUCAAUCCGCAUUUACAAGAGACAAUGCGAAUAACCAGAACAAUAGACUGUGUACAGUCAAUGUACAAUUUCUGAACUCUGCAAUAUCAUGAAUCCAAAUUUAUACAAACAAGAGAAUCACUUCACACCCAUUUCUCAAACUCGUACUGGAUUUAUCAAUAACACUUUUGUACCUUACCAUCUCUGCUCUUGAACAUUUUUUCCAUUCGUGUAAAUGAUCUUAC